AUGGGCGGAUGUGGGAAAACAACGCUUGCCAAAAAAGCUCAGGAUCAUCUUUCAAUCAUGUCUCGUUUUGACAUCCAAGUGUGGGUUACAAUAUCUCAGGAAUAUCACUUGAGAGAAGUGCUGCUAAGCCUUGUAUGUUCUGUUGCAGGGAAUAAGUUUCAAGAUAUGAGUGACGACCAGUUAAUGGAGAAGGCAUAUAGAGCACUGAAGGGUCGGAAGUAUCUUAUUGUCAUUGAUGAUGUUUGGAGUACAAAAAUUUGGGAUGUGAUGGCAAGAACUCUUCCCAAUGACAAAAACGGGAGGAAUCAUUUUGACUACGAGGCUUAA